UUUCUAUCUCCACACUGCUACUGCCCACUGUAAAUAAAAAAAUUUGACUUUCUAGCUGUAGCAGAGUCACAAGCUUAACAGAUUUCUUCUUGUCUCUUUUGCUUUUUCAAAUUAACAUACAUGGUAUGUGUUCUUUUUGUAAAACAGGAUUUAUUUCUUCGAGAUAGAAGAGGGUAGCAUUGUCACUGUUCUCUCUCAGCUGCUUCACAAAAACAAAGAAGCACCCAGAAGAAGAAGAAGAAAGCCAAACAAAUAGAAACAACAAAUAUCCUUAAAAAAUCCCAACCACAACAGGGGCCACAUACACCGUUUACUUUGAAAUUUUAGUUCUUUUUCUCUUUUCACACUUCUUAAUUUGCCUUCUCUUCUUCAAUUUCUUCUUCAAGUACUUCAUUUAUGCAGAGAGAAGCAGAAAAAUACCAUGAACUCCAUGCAUUUCUCAUCUCUAACGUGGCUCUUCCUUUUCUUGCUCUUUCAUGUUUCUCAUUCUGAUUCCAGAACUUCCCAAGCUGGCCUCUUUUGUGGCACCAACAAAUCAAAAACUGUAAACUAUGUUCCCACCUUUGUUCAAGAAAUGGAAAAUCUUUCUAAACUGAUAACCACUUCCCACUUCGCCACCUACCAUGUUAACCUCUCCACCCCUGAUAAUAAAACAACAAAUUCUUCUUCUUCUUUGAGCCUUUACGCUUUGACUCAGUGCCAUCGCGACCUCUCUCAGACUGAUUGUCUCCUUUGUUACGUUGCUGCUCGAACAACUCUCCCCAGUUGCCUCCCUUCUCUUUCUGCUCACAUCUUUCUCGACGGCUGUUUCUUACGUUAUGAUAACUACAUGUUCUAUAAAGAGUAUGUUUCCCCUGUUCUUGAUAAUGUAACGUGCAGUACAGAGAAUGCUAGCGUUGGCAAUUACAAGAAUGAGAAUGAGUUUCUCACCAGCGUCGGUUAUGCAGUUGGGAAUGUUUUGAGAAGGGCGAUGAGAACAGGCAGUGGAUUUUUUGGAACGGCGGAAGUGGAGGGCGUUUAUGCAUUGGCUCAGUGCUGGGAGAGCGUCGGACGAGAUGGGUGUAGAAAGUGCUUAGAGAAAGCCGGAAAGGCUGUGAAAGAAUGUGGGCUCAAGAGAGAAGGGAGAAGUUUGAAUGCUGGAUGUUAUUUGAGAUAUUCCAAUCAGAAGUUCUUCAAUGACGAUAAAUCAGAUAAAGAUGGCCACGUUUUGGGGCUCGGAAUCACCAUGGCCAUUUCCUUGGCAACAGCUGCAUUCAUCGCGGUGUUUCUUUUUGCAGCUUAUGUAAGCUAUGCAAGAAUUAAAAAAAAGAAAGAAGAACGAAAAAAUCUUGACCAAUUUGCAAUUCCAAUGAAGAAUUCUUGCUUGAGUUUCAAAUAUGAGACCCUGGAGAAGGCGACGGAUUAUUUCAGUGCUUCAAAGAAAUUAGGCCAAGGAGGAGCCGGUUCUGUGUACGUGGGGACUCUUCCAAAUGGCAAAUUUGUGGCUGUGAAGAGGCUGGUUUUCAAUACGAGACAGUGGGUAGAUGAGUUCUUCAAUGAGGUAAAUUUAAUCAGCAAAAUUCAACACAAGAACCUGGUGAAGCUUUUGGGUUGUAGCAUUGAAGGCCCUGAGAGCCUCCUGGUUUAUGAGUAUGUACCCAACAAGAGCCUCGAUCAAUUCCUUUUCGCAGAGGACAACAAAACAGAACUUCUAAACUGGGAGAAGCAGCUUAAAAUCAUAAUUGGCAUUGCUGAAGGGCUUGCAUAUCUUCACGGAGGUUCUGAUAAAAGAAUAAUCCAUCGAGACAUUAAGAGCAGCAACAUUCUUCUAGAUGAAGAUUUUACUCCAAAAAUUGCAGAUUUCGGGCUUGCCCGGAAUUUUGCUGCUGACAAGUCUCAUCUUAGCACUGGAGUUGCAGGAACACUUGGGUACAUGGCUCCUGAGUACCUUGUUCGAGGACAACUUACAGAGAAGGCAGAUGUUUACAGUUUUGGAGUACUGGUUCUUGAGAUUGUGUGUGGUAGAAGAAACAAUUUGUAUUCACAGGACUUUAUUUCUCCUCUUCAAACAGUUUGGACACUUUACAGAUCAGACAAUCUGGUAGAAGCAGUUGACUCAAGCCUAAACAAAGAAUUCCCCGUAGAAGAGGCAACCAAAGUACUCCAAAUUGGGCUGCUGUGCACACAAGCAGAAGUUGCAUUAAGACCAUCCAUGGCACAAGUCAUAUCAAUGCUAACAACGGAAAGUUGCAAGAUUCCGAUCCCAUGUCAACCGCCCUUUAUGAGUACUAAUGUGAUGAAGCCAGAAAGCUCCGCAGGGUCUCAUAGCACAAAGAGUUUCAUAGCAAAUGCAACAAGAAAAAUAGAAUUGUCAUACACUUCUACAGAAUCUUCAAGUAUUGCCAGUUCAGAUCGACAUUCAUGAAGUGGGGAAUUAAUCAGAGAGUAAAUUUAAGAACUGGAGCCAUUGAAGCAGAAGAUUCAUUAGCAACAUACUGAACAAAGCAUACAUGUGUAUACACAAGAAGCCUUGCAUUUUUUCAUAUGGGACCCUGUACAUAUCAAUGAAGGUAAAUAUAUGAAACGACAACGUUUUGGGGUGAA